CUGACUCUCAGCAAAACAGAGGCAAGGCAGGGCUGAGCGAUGUUUGACGCGCUCCUACUACAACCAGCGGGACCCUGAAACAAAUUGGAAAGCCCAGGAGCGGACAUAUUGAUUCCGAAGCUCACAACAGUCGGCGUCUCCUGCCCUCGGCCUGACCUCAUGGAUCCCGGUGGAAGCGAACUGGACUCCAGCCUGCCUCAGCCGGAGAACCCGUGCCUGAUAGUGGAGGAUUCUCAGCCGGACAGCGUCGGUCUGGAGGACGACCCGGAGAGCAGCUACCGCGCGCUGCUGGCCCGCCGCCUGGCCAGCCUGCAGCCGGCCGCCCGCAGCCCGGUCCUGGAACUGAUAUCAUCACCACCAGGAAGUAGAUGCUCCCAAACCGACAGCCAAUCAGACAGUAACAACCAGGCCGAACCAGAGGUCGUAGCUGCAGCUGACCCCAGCUCGCCGCUGCAGGAGGAGAGUCAAGUUAUCAACGUCUGUCCGCAUCCCAACAAGAAAAAGUUUGUACCUGAGGAUUCUGAAAUGGAUCCUGGAGCCGAUUCUACGACUAACUGUGUUCAGUCUGACGGUGGGUCGUGUCAGUUUGGGUUUCUGGAGCUCUCGCAGAGUCAGGACCUUGAAGCUGGCGGAGACCUCAGCCAUGAAAAGCAGCAGUGUGUUGCCCCCAAAACUUUGGCGCAUCAAGAUAACAAAGCAGUGAGGUCAGAGGUCAGCUCCAGCAGCUCCUCCGAGUCUGUUUGCCAGUCGGGUCGCCAGCUGACCGUCCAGGUUCUGCUGCACUCCCAGAACCUGCAGGAGUCCGAGGACUGCGACGUCCUGUCCUCACAGGAAGAUCUGUUCGACGGCGACAAGUCGGGCGCCGCUGUGGACAGCACGGUGUCGGAACCGGAGCAGCCGGCUCGGCCCACCUCCACGCCGGCCCACAGCCUGCAGCUGCUGCAUCUGUCUGGACAGGGAACGCUGGUCCAGGAGAGCCAGUCCCAAAGCUCUGUUGAUUACGUCGCCCCAACGCCGGACAACUUCCCCCGCACUCCUUUAAUCAUUCCAAGCUCGCCAACCGAAAUGGAAAACGAACGCGACGAGGAACCCAUGGACACCUCGCUCCCGCCGGAGGAGCGAGCGGCGGCGGCGAAGGACGAGCCGAUGGAAACGGACGCCGCCUCGAGGCCACACUCACCUACCUCUGCCCCGGUCUCCCAGAAUGCCUCUGGCUCGGAGCGAGCGCUCCCGGUGCCGUCACAGCCAGAGUUCUCACAUGAUGUUUUUGUUCCAACACAGAGCCAAGAAGCUAGCAGGAAGUCUCCUCCGUUGCCUUCUGAGACCCAGUCUUCGCUCCGGGAGUCGGCGCCGUUUUCCGCUGCGCUGCAGCUUUCUGUGAAUGCUGACAGCGGCGACCCGGUUCUGGUGGAGGAGGACAGUCAGGACACACAGAUAGAGGAGUUGGAAGAGCCGCCGGGCGUCGACACCAGCGACGUCGCGGCUCUGGAGGAGUCGCACCAACCCGGCCGGACUGACCCGGACCCACCGCAUGAGUCCGACCAGCAGCAACAAGAAGCAGAGACAAAUGUGAACAAAAGCAGCAACACUAACCACUCUGAGGCGGCGGCGAACAGCUGCGUGCAGGAGACGCCGUGCAGCACCACGGCGGCGUCACACGCCUCCGGGUCAGGAGGAACAGCAGAACAGAACCAUUCGACGGACAAAAACGAGACGGACGACUGUGAGGAAGAGGAGGAGGGCAUGAAGGAGGAGAACGCCGGUGGCGCCUCGGCGAUGGCGCUGGUCCUCUCUGAGAGUCAGGUGAUGUCUCCGGAGCCAAUGGAGGAGGAGGAGCUCCAGGGCGGCGCCUCGCAGCCGGAGUCCGGCGUUUCUGAGGGCGACGGAGCCAAACGGGUCGUCACGGCUAACGGCCACCAGCAGCAGAACCAGGAAGAGAGAGCGCAGGACGACCUGGGCAGGCGAGAAAUGGAGGCCGUCAAAGAGCUGAGCGACAGCUCUGGAGACAUUUCUUUCCACUUCACUCUUCCUAAAGAGGGCGAGCUGAUUGGUCCGGCCGUGGGGUCGACGCCGCCGCUGGUCAGCCAGCUGAAGCAGACGCUCAGACACAGCACGCCCAUCGAGAUCGCUCCCUUUUCGGAGAAGCCGUGCAGUGCGGGCGACGACGCGGCGGCUGACGGGGAAGACGGGAAGCUGAGCCUGAGGAUGAAGCUGGUGACGCCGGUGGAGGAGGGCGGCUCCGAACGCUUCAGCCUGCAGAAGCCGGCGCUGUCGGAGGAGGAGGAAGAGUCGGUCGCCACUGUUACGACGGUUUCCACGACUGUAACCAGCCCGUCGGUGUUCACUCGGGUUCGGCAGGCUCACCGACAGCAGGGGGCGGAGGAGGACGCUCAACCCGGAAACAACGCCGGCGUCAGGGGGAAACUGUUCGCCUCGCCACAGAGGAGCUCCAAGGUUUCCCUGCCAGGAUGCAACAGCCUCCCGAACAGCCAAUCGGAGCCGUCGCAGCCAGACGCAUCGUCGGCGCCGCAGAACAGCCUUAAAGAUGCCGGCGUUCCCGCGGAGCCGGCCAGAAAGAGACGAGAGCCGUCGGAAGCUCCGGAUCUCCGUCCUCCGACCAGCGUGGAGGUGGGGCAGAAGGAUUCUGCGACUCCGAACAGCAAGGCCCGGCAGCGGAUCGCCUCCCAGCAGACCGGUGUGGACGGGUCGGGCCCUCGCUCUCCUGGCGGCCGGGGCGAGCCGGAGACGCCGUCGUUCAGGAGAACCACGGCGCCGGCCCACCGUCGGCACGUCCGCACCAUCCAGGAGGUCCGGACCACCGUGACGCGGAUCAUCACAGACGUUUACUACGAAGACGGCAGGGAGGUGGACCGCCGGGUCACAGAGGAGAACGAGGAGCCUGUGGUGGACUGCCAGGUUCUGGACAGCGACAUUUCUCCGUGCCGCACCGGCAGCAGCUCUGUGACCUCCGGUGACCUUGGCGACAUCAGCUCCCUGUCCUCCAAGGCAUCCAGCCUGCAUCACAGCUCCGGAGGGACGAGUGGCAGCACCGGCCCCAGCAGACCCGACUUCAUCAUGCCGCCCAGCAGAGGGUUCCGAUCCGUCAGCCCCAGGAGGGGAGGUGGGCAUCCACAGAGGGGUCACAGGGGUCAAAGGGCAGGGUCGGUGGUCACUGUGGGCAGAGGCGGCGGCAGCUACGUUCCGCUGACCCCCAGAGGAAGGGCCCGAAGGGGCCGGCCCCCGUCCCGCUCCUCCCCAUCCAGGGGCGGCGGCGCCGGCCCUCUGCAGAGGCUCGGCGCUCUCGCCCAGACUCACUUCUCCUCUGAGGACGAGCCGUUCGCCUGCAUGCUGCCGCCGCGGCUCCCCGCCAGCCCGUCGGACGCCUACGCGCCCGGCCGCUCCGACUCCCUGCGCUCGUCGCCGGAGGCGCCGCUGUCGGCCGGCAGCAGCUUCGUCGGUCUGCGCGUCGUCGCCAAGUGGACGUCCAACGGCUACUUCUACUCUGGCCGGAUCGUGAAGGACGCCGGCGACAGCCGCUUCCGGCUCCGCUUCGACGACGGCUACGAGUGCGAGGUGGCGGGGAAGGACAUCCUGCUGUGCGACCCCAUCCCGCUGGAGACGGAGGUCACGGCGCUGCUGGAGGACGAGUACUUCAGCAUCGGGGUCGUCAAGGGCCACAAAACAGAAGGCCAAGAUCUUUUCUACAGCGUGGAGAAGGACGGCCAGAGGCAGUGGUACAACCGGACGGCGGUCAUCCUGUCCCUGGAUCAGGGCAACAAGCUGAGGGAGCAGCACAGCCUGGGGCCCUACGAGCCCACCACCCCGCUGACCAAAGCCUCCGACAUCAGCCUGGAUAACCUGGUGGAGGGGAAGAGGCGGCGCAGAGGAACCCCAGGGGGCGCCAACACGCCGCGCCGCAGCUCCUCCGGCGGCGCCCGGUCCCCCGGCCCGUCCGGCAAGAGGAAGCUGGUUCCGUCCGAGGAGAACAAGACGCCGUCGAAGAGGGGGCGCAGAGGGGGAGGAGCCAGAGCUGGCCAGCGGCUCAGCGUGUGCAACACGUCCGGCAGCGGCUCCGACCUGCCGGGUCGGCCCAGCGACGUCGUGGAGACCCACGGCCCGCUGCCCCAGAACUCGUCUCUGUUCAUGGGCUUUGCCUUCAUGCUGACGGCGUCGUCAGAGGUCGACCGGAUGAGCAACAAGGUCACCAGCGACGAUGAGGAGGAUUACGUCCAGACGGGUCCGUACAACAAACCGUACACAGAAUCCCAGCUGCAGGCUGGCGGCGGCUUCAUCCUGCCCGAUUUCAACGAGGAGCAGUGCCAGGCAGCCUAUCAGAGCCUGCUCAUCGCCGACCAGCACUGCCGAACCAGGAAGUACCUGCUGUGUUUGGCCAGCGGCGUUCCGUGCGUCUCCCACAUCUGGGUGCGUGACUGCUGCAAGGAGAACAAGCUGCUGAACUACAGGAGCUACCUGCUGCCGGCCGGCGUCGGCCCCGACGACGCCAUCGUGGAGUGGCAUCCGCGCUGCAGCCCAUUCAAAGCACUCCGGGUCCUUCUGGUGUCCAAGAAGCCGAACGAAUUGUGGGCCCAGCUGGUGACGAUGGGCGGAGCUUCCUCCGUACGGCAGCACCAGACCGACGGCGAUGCAUCCGAGAUUCCUGCUGGGAAGUACGACGUGGUGGUGGCGGACCACACCUGUCCACCAGCGGUGGAGCGGAGUGUGACAUCACAGGAAGUGCCGAUCGUGUCUCCGGAGUGGCUCGUCCAGAGCGUAAUCUGCGGGGAGCAUCUGGGUUUUAACAACCGGCCUCAGUGCUCUCCUUCCUCCUUCUCUUCCUCAUAACCUGACUCCGUAAGGCCUUUGACCAAGCUCAGUGUUCUGCAUGCCUCUGCUGUACAUAAAUGUGUUUUUAUGGGACAAUAAAUUGUGACAUGUUUCAUUUUAA